AUGUCCCUCCUCACACACCUCGGCCUAACCACACCACCCCUCGGGACCCCAAUCCCGCACUACGGCCCGUACGCACUAAUCUUCAACUUCAUCUUCGCCUACGGCCUGCUCUCCUCGCGCACACUGAAGCAAUACUACGGGAUCGACCACAACUCCUCGCCGCGCGAAGACCUAACGAAAUACGGCGAUGCCGCGGUGUCGAGUGGGAAAAUCACACGCGCGCAGCUCGAGAUGCUGAAGCGGAAUGAGAGCGCGCAUGCGAACGCGGUGGAGAAUUACGCGUUGCUUGUUGGGGCGGUUGCGGUUGCGGGGUUCGCGGGGGUCGAAAAUGUCGCUGUGAAUCGGGCUGUUGUUGGGUAUACCCUGGUUAGGAUCGCUUAUGCGGCUGUUUAUGUCCUUGUUCCGACCGGGUAUGAGAGGUUGAGUCAGUUGCGCGGGGUUUGUUGGUGGACGGCCAAUGCGUGCUGUUUUGGGCUUUUGUGGAGGGCUGGGCAGUUGCUUGCUUAG